UAUAACCUAAAUAUCUUCCCGCGUUCUAAUUAUUUUCCCGCGUUUUUUCAGGGCUUCCAGAUUUCUAAAUAUAAAUACGAAAAGGACAUUUUUCUUUAAUAUUCUCACAGACAAUUGCACGAUUCUCUCCUUUUUCUCUGAUCCAUCUUUCUCUACAACCAGGGUUUAUGGAUACAUCAAAACCUGCCAUUUUUGUGAAUGGAGCUUUAUUACCUAUGCACGUCAGAAAGAGAGUCCGUACAGUGAUUCAAGUGAUUGGAUCUGAUCGUGGAGCUGUGAUUGGAAAGUCAAGUGAUGAUCAUCAGAUCGUUGUGAAAGGGACCCCACCCCCUUCUGCUCCUCUUUCAAAGUUUGUUGAGGUUAUUGGUAUUGCUGAUACUGACAAAUCUAUUCAAGCUGAUAUUUGGACCAACUUUGGUGACUCUUUUGAUACAUAUUCCUACAACCAGCUUUGUCAGCUUGCAAAUGGUGAAUAUCAGUCCUUGUUCCUUUGAGGUCUAUUGGGCUUAUUUCCAGUGAAUGCUUUUAGGUGUUUCUGGCCAUUUUGUAAUUAGGUAGUGAUGUUUACAAAUUCAACCAUUAUUGUAGUUUUUGUUGGUUUUGAAUAUUGCUUCAACCAGUGGUUUGGCCUUUUGAGUUAACAAUCAUCAAAGUUGACUGAUUCUUCUA